CAUAACUUAUUAUAAAACAAACUAGUGUUAUAGAAGUGUAAAUGUCUUCUGAUGCAUUUGUGUUUUAUGAUUCCGUCGACUCAUUACUGGCGCGAAUAAGUCAUUCGUUGAGGGAUUCAAAUUUGGAGACAAAAGAACUUUGAUCAUGUCUAGCACGUGUAACAAAGAUAGUUCAAAGCAGAAAGAUAAAAGCAACAAUGGAAAUUACAAAAACAAUAGUAAUGGCAACCAUGGCAAAAAGCAUGCCCGUCUCUGCCCGGGAAGGGACACUUAUGAACGUAUGAACUUCCUCUAUCAAGCAUCGAUGCUGAUGUCCGAAUCGAUGCCCGCUUUGUCCGGCAGUUAUGGAAAACUAGUGAAAUCCAUCGGGAAAAAAGCUGUAUUGCGAAUAGAACCAGCGAUCAAACGUACACUGUGCACCCGAUGCGGAGUUGCCCUGAAUCCUGCCACAACGGCUAACUACAGUGAUUUCCGACACAAAAAGCUUAGUUACCUCGAAGUGGAGUGCAAGUUGUGUGGAUUCACUAAGCGCUAUUACAACAACAAAAAUCACAAAAUACGGUUGGAUGAUCCGGAAUCGGUAGUUGAAACUAUGGUAUUUGAGCAAUAAAUUCUUUCAUUCAGUAAAAAUAAAC